AUGGCUAUGUCCAACGAACACACCCGGGACUGGUCUGUUCUCUUCGAGACAGAGGUCCUUGGAUAUUCCAAUUUUGACCAGGCUUGUGGCCUUCCAGCGGUCAGUACGUUGCCCAAUCUCUACCAAUUCGAUGCUCGCCUCCACUUUCCAAUUGAAUACGAAGGCUUCCAGGAAUGGUAUGGGCUGGUGCAUCAAAUCCUCAAGCACCACAGUCUGCAUAAUUUAAUUGACAGGAGCGUUCUUCGUCCCUUCCGUGACGAUGAAGAUGCCCCGAAAUGGCAGGUCUUGUCUUUGGGUGUCACCAGGUGGCUUGCCUGGAACAUGGCUCCAGAGGAGGUUGCAGAAAUUGUCGAUGGAAGAAUUGACGAACAGAAUACCCGCUUGGCUCUUGAAUUGACACUUGCCGAUGAUUUCAUGGACGGUAUCAAGAAGUUGAUGUUCGAUGAAGAAAGCCCUGACUUGGAGACGUGCACCAAUCUCCUGUUCAGAAUCAUGAACACAAAGCGAUCUGACGUGGAGACUCUUCCACAGUUCGUUCACCUGGUCUGGAAAUUGUAUUGCAAGGCUCAUCGUUACAGCCUGAACGUUCAUCCCUUCAUCCUGCUGUCAAUCCUUCUCAAUGGAAUGAAGUCUGAAGUGCCUGGAUUCGUUGCAAAUCAGCUUGAAAUCAUGGACCGGAUGAUCAAUCCUACCUAUGGGGUAACCGACAAGCAUUUCCAAGAUGCCCUUACUGCCUAUCGCGCAUACAGGCAGGCCCAGGACACAUCUGGUGAUGAUUCGGAUAAUUCAUCGGAUCAGGAAAUGGACGUAUCGAGCGAGGAAGAUGUCGACCCCGACGACGACGACGACGAUGUCGACGCAGGCAACGAGGAAGUCACCCAUCCCGACACAUCAAUUGCUGAGGUGGUGGAGAUUGACUAA